AGAUUUCGAAACGUCAGUUGUAAAAUAUUAUACAUAGGUAACAUUACAUAGCAUUUUUGAUAUUAAAUAAAUCUUUUUGUAGUUGAAAAAAAUGGAGUGCCUACUUGGUAUUAAAUUUGACGAUUUUGUGCUGAUUGCGGCCGAUAUGACUGCAGCUCAGAGUAUUAUUGUAAUGAAAACAGAUGAGAAUAAACUUCAUGAACUAUCAAAUAAACUUGUUAUGGCUGUAUCAGGAGAACCUGGAGAUACUACACAAUUUGCAGAAUAUAUUGCAAAGAAUAUUCAACUUUAUAAAAUGAGAAAUACAUAUGAGUUGAGUCCCAAAGAAGCCGCAACUUUCACGCGAAGAAAUUUAGCAGAUGCGUUACGAAGCAGGACUCCAUAUCAUGUAAAUGUUCUUCUGGCUGGAUAUGAUGAAGAAGAUGGUCCCCAAUUGUACUAUAUGGACUACUUAGCAUCUAUGGCAUGUGUGGAUUAUGCAGCUCAUGGUUAUGGAGGAUUUUUUUCACUUUCUAUUAUGGAUCGGCAUUAUUUGAGAUCACUAAGUAAAGAACAAGGAUAUGAGCUUUUAAAAAAAUGUGUAAAAGAAGUACAUGAGAGACUUAUCAUCAAUCUGCCCAACUUCAAAGUUCAGUGUAUUGAUAAAAAUGGAAUACAAGAUCUACCGGAUAUUACAAGAAAAGAUUUGAUGUAAUCGUAUUUUUAUUUAAUAUAUAAAUUCUUUUUGAAAAGUA